AUGUCUGACACCCAACAGUCGCAAGCCUCUGGGUCUCAAGGUUCCAGUCGUGGUGGCCGCCGACGGGGUCGAGGAGGGGCCCGUCAAGCAAGACAGCCCGAUAAUCCUGAGAACCCUUCGGAUGGCUCUGGAAGAGGUGCUCGAUCUAGGGCCAAAGGUCCCCGCCGAGGAGGCCGCGACAGGCAGAAUCGCAAUCCCAACAAACCGGACAUCCCUCAAGAAGACGCUGUUGCGACACCAGCAGGUGAAGAGAAAGGCAAACAGGUGCCUGUGGCCGCGACCGACGAUGCGGAUGACGGCGAGGUCUGCUUCAUCUGUGCGUCCACGGUUGAGCACAUCUCCGUCUCACCGUGCAAUCAUCGGACUUGUCACAUCUGCGCGCUGAGGCUACGAGCUCUGUAUAAAAAUAAGGCCUGUGCUCACUGUCGGACGGAGUCCAAUUACGUGAUCUUUACCGAUGACCCGGCGAAACGCUUCGAGGAUUUUACGGACAAGGAUUUCUCCAGGAAGGAUGACAACCUAGGAAUUGAGUAUGAGAAUGAUGAGAUAUUCGAGGAUACAGUCCUUUUGCUGCGAUACAACUGUCCCGACACCAGCUGCGAUGUGGCUUGUUUGGGUUGGCCGGACCUGCAUCGCCAUGUCAAAAGCAAGCAUGGCAAAGUGAUGUGUGAUCUUUGCACUCGCAACAAGAAGGUCUUCACUCACGAGCACGAACUUUUCACCAUGGCGGAUCUGCGCAGGCAUGAGAAACACGGCGACGACGUACCGGGCGCGGUGGAUCAAAGUGGCUUCAAGGGACACCCCGAAUGUGGAUUCUGUCGCCAACGGUUCUACGGAGCUGAUGAACUCUACGCUCACUGUCGUGACCGCCAUGAACGAUGCCACAUCUGCGACCGACGAUCUGGCAGUCGCCAACAACAGUAUUACAUCGACUAUAAUGCGCUCGAGGAGCACUUCCAACGGGACCAUUUUCUGUGCUUGGAUAAAGAGUGUUUGGAGAAAAAGUUUGUCGUGUUCGAGUCGCAAAUGGACCUCAAAGCCCAUCAGCUAGAAUGCCACCCCAAUGGGCUCUCGAAAGAUGCGAGACGCGAUGCCAGGACCGUAGACCUCUCAUCGUUUGAUUACCGAUCGCCGUACCAGCCCCAGCAGCGACAGCGUCGGGGUGCUGGUCGAGGGCGUGACCCCAAUUCAGAGCCACUGCCCGCCUCGUCGGCCCAACCCAUGAGGAGAGACGAGAUGGCCUACCAGCGACAGAUGGCCAUCCAAAGUGCCCAGUCCGUGUCUACCCGCAGCUUUGGGGGACAACUCUCGCGCAACGACACUCAAACCGUGCACGCUCCGGCGCGAUCCGCGGCUCCUACACCAUCCCGGGGUCCCCCAGCUACGUCCACGCCGGUUGCUGAGAUGCAGACCCUCAGCCUUGCGGCCGACUCAGUACCUGCCACGCCUGAGGAACAGGCUCGCCGGCUGCGCCAUAUGUCCGUCAUUGAGCGAGCUUCCAAUCUCUUGGGGAACGACCAAAACAAGCUCAAGGAAUUUCGCAGCCGGGUUUCCAGCUACCGUGCCUCGACCAUCUCACCAAUCGAACUUAUUGACGCUUUUUUUUCUCUUUUUGAUACGUCGACCACCGAACUGGGGAAACUCAUUAAGGAGCUGGCGGAUAUCUAUGAGGAUAGCGCCAAGCGGAACGCACUCCUGAAGGCUUGGAACGACUGGCGAGCCAUCAACGAAGAUUACCCAGCCCUUCCAGGGCCAGGAGGCGUUCUCCCUGGUAUGUCUCCCGGCACCGUUACCGGAAGUGGUAUUGGGGGCAAGCGUGUUCUUCGUUUAAAAUCAUCAACUGCCCAAUCGUCCCGUUCCGCCGUCGGUCGAAGUGGUACCCUGCCUUCAUCUGCCUCCCCCGCCAACCCUUUCCCUCCUUUAUCGUCUACCGCUCGCUCUGCUCCUCGAUCCACCACUUCGACUGCCACCACCGCCUGGGGUACGGCCGCUGCCCCGACCCCGUCAUCGAGCCGUCCUUCUUCGCGACUGGCACCCUCCUCGGGAUCCUCACGACUCGCGAACCCAAGCAACACCGAGGCCUUUCCGGCUCUACCUGUUGCGGCAAAACCCAACGUCCUUAUGGCUGGUCUCACUCGCGGAACGGUGCGAUGGGACAGCCGGAAUCCUGCACCAUCCAAUGCCUGGGAUUCGUCCUCCCGGGGCGACUCGGGGACUGACGGCGCGGAGAUGGAAGCUGGAGAGUCCUCUGCUGGCGGGGGUAAGAAGGGAAAGGGGAAGAAGGGGAAACAAACACUUUUCCAUUUUGGAUAG